AUGGAUGAAUUAGAAUCUUACCAGCUACCAUGCAGUACUGAUUAUAGGAAAUUGUAUAUAUCAACAAAUGAUUCGAUGAUUAGUAGAUUUAUGAAUAUGUCUCACCCCUAUACAUAUAUUAUGGAAAAGCUUUACGAUGAAGAGCGUAUAACUGUUGUAGCAAUAGAGAAAGAAAUAGAAACUGAUAUUACCUCCGAUCUCCAUUUUAAAAUUGCUCUCUCCAAAAUGCCCGAUUGUGCCAUCGCUAUUGAUGUAGUUCACACCAAAGACUUCGAAGAUGUAGAUUUCCGUUUUGGAGAACAUACAAUCGAACGAAUAGAAGACACGACAGUUUUCAAUGAGAAGCCCAAUUUGAGCGUUCUCAAAGCUGCCAAGUUUCAGAGAAAUGUUAUGAAAGCAGGAAGUAGGAUAUCCGACACAUUGUCACCGAAUCCAUUUUACUCUGAGAAAUACGAAAAUGCCGAGAAUGAGACGGAGUGCAAACCACAUCCUCUCUAUCUCAUAGAAAGAGCCAUGAGUAUGAGAGAUCAGGAAGAAUUUGAUAGAAAAUUAAUUGAAUAUUAUGCUGAUAACUGCAUUGAUCUCAGAAGAAGGCCAAUUGAAUUUCAUGAUGCGAGUGGACCUCAGUGCUUCGGUGAAAUCAUCCACGGCUUUGCUAAUCUAGUCAAGAGAGUUCAUUGUAAUUCCUGCUUUGCACGGAUGAAUCUGGCCAUAUUUCAUUUAGAUAAUGCUCUGAACUGUUCUGGUUGUCAUGCUGAUGAGAAGAUUGGUUCGAACAGACCUUAUAUAGUCCCACGUGGAGGCAACAAUCGAUAUAUUAUGUCAGAGAGGCCGAGCUAUUUAACAGCUUGUAACAACAACAACAACAACAACAAUAACAAUAAUGAUGCCAAGAAGCAGCAUGACAAUAACAAUAUUCCGGUGAUCCCAGACCACAUCAAGGAAGAAAUGAGGAAGAGCAGGAAAGGACUCGAGCAGAGCAGCAAGGGAAAUCAGUCUCGUUACUCCAUGGGCACUCCAAUAGUUCUUGAGGCUACUUCUUUCGGGGAACCAUUAGUAGAGGAUUCAUUGAAUAAAUCCCAAAUUGAUAUCCCACCGGUUGAGCACCUGGUUCUAUCAUCUGCUUCUGACCUUUAUGGAGAACCGCUUAUGCAGGAAUCUAGGUCAUGGGUCACGACAGAUGUUUCCAAAUUUGACUCUUCAGAUUCUUCAGAUUCUUUCACCAAUUAUAAAGAGAAUGUGGAAGAUAAUGAUAGUGUCCAAUAUCAUCUCAAACGUCAAAGCCAUGGAAAGGCGAAGGAAGAGCCUCUGUGUCGUUCCUCUAAUGAUUAUACUAAAAACCCCAUUAAUUGUUUUCAAGUGCCUCAGAGUGGUCCCAUUCCUUUUAUAGUAGAGGAAGCUCUUAUUGAUAGUACAGCUGAAGCCUUCAAGUUCCUGCGAGUCAAUCCUGACCCUAUACCAUCUUCACAUUGUCUAAAAUGGAAGAAACUUCCUCAAGUUUACACCGUAAGAAACAAAAACGCCGAACCAUGUGGUAGAAUGACUGCCAGCACUCUUGGAGACCCUAGGUUCAAUCGGCAUACCGAAACAGUCAAUGGAAAGACCCGUGGCACACUAUAUUUUGCCGUUAGCUACGAAAUUGACAGUCGUUAUGUGUUCGAGUCUGCGCAUCUUGGUCGCACUGAUGUUCCCGCCGACAUUAUGGAAGACGAACAGGAGUGUGAGAACGAAGAACUUUGCAUGUGCAAUAGGAAAAGGGAACUUUCUUGUAUGCCUGAAUUGGAAGUGAGAAGAUUGCGUCUGUCCAGCCCGACCAAAGAGGAAAAAGUUCCCAAAGAACUCCCAUCUUCUCUCAAAUUCGGACAUGAACGAGAGAAAAAGAAGAAGUUCAGUCUUUUGAAGUCGAAGAAAGCCAUUUUCAAACCCUUCCACAGUAUUUUCAGUUCCAAGAAAUGA